AUGAAUUAGAGCAGAACAUAUUAAAUAAUAUAAUCUGGAUAAUCAGGUUCCAUUUAAAAUACAUAUAAUGAAACUCAAUAAAUUCGUUAUAAAGAGGAUAACAUUUAAGUUUCAACUUAAUAAGUUAAUUGGGCUUCAACUUAGUUACUUGGAAAAGUUGAUGAAAAAGAUUUCAUGGUUGUUUAACGUUCUAAGACUUAUGAAAAAUCAGAAGCUGAAAGAUAACAUCAUUAUGAGGAAUUAAUUUAAGAUAAUUUAAGAAUGAGGUAUCAUAGAUGCAAAUAUAUUUAGAGAAGUUAUCGAAUAAUUAAAGAGAGAAGUAGCCACAUAUAAAUCAAGUUCAAGUACUGAUGUGACAAUUCUCAAAAAAGAAUUGUAAAUUACAUAAUAAGAAUUAGAAGCAUGUUAAAAAGAAUUAAUGAUGUUAAGAAGUGAAACAGAAUUUAAAAAUAGAACAGAACUUGAUAAAUUGAUGCUUGAAUUAGAUCAAUGGAAGCGUAAAUAUGCAGAAAUCGAAUCAAAAGAUAAAGAUAAUGCAGAAUAAUUAAAAUAGCUAGCAUAUUAUUAAAAUAAAUUGAAAUUAUCUGAAUUAGAAGCAAAAAAGAAAUUUGAAAAAUAUUAAACAGUUGAUUUAAUAUAAUAAUAAUUAAAUGAUUAAGAAGCUCUUAUUGAAGAAUUGAGAUUAGAAAUAUAAAGAUGGAGAGAUAAAUAUGAUGCUGUUAUCUUAGAAAGUUAAGAAAUUAGGAUUAAAUUAUCAUAAAAUAAUUAGCUUACUUCAUUAGAAACUGAUAUGGAAGCAUUAAUUCAUGAAUUAGGAUAAUGGAAAGAUAGAUGCAAAGUUUUAGAGGCUCGACAUUAAACAUCUGAUGAAGCUAAGUUAUUAGCAAGAAUAGAAUAAUUAAAUCGUUUAUUAGCUGAAAAAGAAUAAGAAAUGUAAAGAACUCGUCUUACUAUGACCUAAUAAAUGACUUAGUAAAUGACUUAAUAAUAAUCAUCUAAAUUAACUUAAUAAUAAUAAUAAAUAGCUGAUUAUGAAAAUCAAUUAGAUUAACUCAAAAGAUAAUUAGAAGCUGCAUAAUCUAAAAUUGAUGAAUAAAAUAAGGAAAUGGAAGGAUUCCGAUUAUCUGCUAAUGUCUAUAAUUCAGAGAGAUUUGAAGAAUUAGAAUAAGAAAAGUGGAAAUUAGAAAUUUAAAUAGAAUAAUUAGAAAAAGAUUGUGAUACAUUUAUGUUAAGAAUCAAAGAACUUGAAGAUACUUAUUCUGAAUUAUAAAUUAAAUACAAUGAAGAAAAUGCAAACUAUCUUAGGUAUAAAGAUAUUAUAGAAUCUAAUUCCUCUAAAUAUAAAAGUGUUGAAAAUUUAUCUAAAGAAUUACAAAACAUUUAAUAGGAACUUGAAGUAUGGAAGAAUCGUUACUUUUAAACCGAAAUCAGAUUGAAAGAAUAUGAUUAAUUAAGAAUAGAAUAUGAUUCUUUGCUCAAAUAAGGAAAUAGAUCAGUUACAAAUGUAACAACAAUAAACAUUGAAAAUGAUAUCUAGUACAUUUAAUUAAAAAGAGAAAGAGAUAGUUAACAAAGAUAAAUUUAAGAAUUAGAAAUGAGGAUUAGAGAAUUAUAAACUACUUCUUUAAAAAGUUCAUAAGAUGUGAUGUUAAGAAGAGAAAGAGAUAAUUAUUAUAGAUAAAUUUAAGAAUUAGAGUUGAGAAUCAAAGAAUUGCAAUUUCAAUAAUAAUAAUAAUAAUAAGUGAAAAAUAUUUAUGAUGAUUAAAAAAUAAGAGAAUUGGAAACAAAACUUAAAGAACAACAAAGCAAAGUUUCAAUUUAUGAAACAAGAAUUAGAGAAUUUGAAAGUAGAACCAAAGAAUAUGAAACUAGGAAUACUUAAUCUUUAAUAGAGAAAACUGUUGUAAUGACUGAUGAACCAAAAAUAAAAGAAUUGACUGAAAUUAUUUAAUAAAAGAACCAAAAAAUUCUUGAAUUAGAAAUGAACUUAAAUUGUAAUUCAGUAAACACAAGUUAAAUUAAUACAAACUCAAUUCUAGUAAUUAAGGAAUAGGUAAGAACAAAAGAAUUAAAAAUAAGGGAGUUAGAAACCUAAAUAGAAACUCUUUAAUUAGAAAUAGAAAGAUUAUAAAACCUUAAGAGAGACUAAGAUGCAAGAAUUAAUAUCAUGAUUUAGAAAGUAAAAUCAAAUAAUAAUUUAGAUCACUGAGUAUGAAUCUCAAAUAAAUAUUCUAUAAGAAGUUAAAUUGAGAUAAUCUAAAAGAUCACCUUCAUAACAAUAACAAAUUACUACUUCAACGACUUUAAUAUAAUAACAAUAACCAAUUGUCUAAACAAAAAGUUAUAUUUAAUAGAAUACAACUUCUAAAAUUUAUUAAUAAUCUUCAUAAAAUCUGUCAUCACCAACUCCCAUAUCUUAAAAUUAUUAAUAUUAACCUAUUUAAAAUAAUACAACAAUGAAAUAAGUGAUUAUCACCAAUGAAGUUGAGAAGUAACAUUUAUAANAUAAAGAUAUUAUAGAAUCUAAUUCCUCUAAAUAUAAAAGUGUUGAAAAUUUAUCUAAAGAAUUACAAAACAUUUAAUAGGAACUUGAAGUAUGGAAGAAUCGUUACUUUUAAACCGAAAUCAGAUUGAAAGAAUAUGAUUAAUUAAGAAUAGAAUAUGAUUCUUUGCUCAAAUAAGGAAAUAGAUCAGUUACAAAUGUAACAACAAUAAACAUUGAAAAUGAUAUCUAGUACAUUUAAUUAAAAAGAGAAAGAGAUAGUUAACAAAGAUAAAUUUAAGAAUUAGAAAUGAGGAUUAGAGAAUUAUAAACUACUUCUUUAAAAAGUUCAUAAGAUGUGAUGUUAAGAAGAGAAAGAGAUAAUUAUUAUAGAUAAAUUUAAGAAUUAGAGUUGAGAAUCAAAGAAUUGCAAUUUCAAUAAUAAUAAUAAUAAUAAGUGAAAAAUAUUUAUGAUGAUUAAAAAAUAAGAGAAUUGGAAACAAAACUUAAAGAACAACAAAGCAAAGUUUCAAUUUAUGAAACAAGAAUUAGAGAAUUUGAAAGUAGAACCAAAGAAUAUGAAACUAGGAAUACUUAAUCUUUAAUAGAGAAAACUGUUGUAAUGACUGAUGAACCAAAAAUAAAAGAAUUGACUGAAAUUAUUUAAUAAAAGAACCAAAAAAUUCUUGAAUUAGAAAUGAACUUAAAUUGUAAUUCAGUAAACACAAGUUAAAUUAAUACAAACUCAAUUCUAGUAAUUAAGGAAUAGGUAAGAACAAAAGAAUUAAAAAUAAGGGAGUUAGAAACCUAAAUAGAAACUCUUUAAUUAGAAAUAGAAAGAUUAUAAAACCUUAAGAGAGACUAAGAUGCAAGAAUUAAUAUCAUGAUUUAGAAAGUAAAAUCAAAUAAUAAUUUAGAUCACUGAGUAUGAAUCUCAAAUAAAUAUUCUAUAAGAAGUUAAAUUGAGAUAAUCUAAAAGAUCACCUUCAUAACAAUAACAAAUUACUACUUCAACGACUUUAAUAUAAUAACAAUAACCAAUUGUCUAAACAAAAAGUUAUAUUUAAUAGAAUACAACUUCUAAAAUUUAUUAAUAAUCUUCAUAAAAUCUGUCAUCACCAACUCCCAUAUCUUAAAAUUAUUAAUAUUAACCUAUUUAAAAUAAUACAACAAUGAAAUAAGUGAUUAUCACCAAUGAAGUUGAGAAGUAACAUUUAUAAUUAAUCAAAGAAAUUUGUAUCCUAAAGAUGA